UACAACAACAACAACCUCCAGCAGCACCAUGCCCAUGGAUAACGUAGGGAUUUCUCUGAGAUCCCCUCGCCGCGCGGAGACUGUAUCUGCGUCAGAUCAAUAGCAAACACACAGCCUGUAAUUGCUCCAGAUCUUUCGACUGUGUUAAAAAAUCUGACAGUGACUUGAUCGCGUUGCAGUGUCUUCGCACGAAUAGGAAGCAAGCCGUUGAUUUGAAGAGUCAUGGAGGAAACAGCUACUGCAGCUCCAUCCCCUGGUACCGGGGCUGCCCCCCCAACCCCAAAACCUGAGCCUUCCUCCUUUGUACCCUCCCGCAGCCUGCUAGAGUGGAGACGGAGGGUCAAGUCUGAGUACAUGCGCCUUCGCCAAUUAAAACGCCUUAAAAAAGUAGAAGAGGUCAAGGCCCUGUUCAAUUCCAACAGGCAAAAGAUUGAGCAAAAGACAAAUGUCCUGAAUGAAGAGUGGUCCCGGCUCAGGAUCCAGUCCAUACCUCUGUCAACGUCUGCCGGAUUUGGGGCCAACAAGAAGAUGUGUACAGUGGAGUUUGGCCACCCAGAAUUCAAAGCUCAAGCCAUUGUCAUGAGACCUCUGUCAACAGUGGCAGGGAUCCCCUUCAUGUACUCCUGGUCGUCUCUGCAGCAUAACUUCAUGGUGGAGGAUGAGACAUUUCUUCACAACAUCCCAUACAUGGGUGACGAGGUGCUGGAACAGGAUGAGGCCUUCCUGGAAGAACUCAUCGACAACUACGAUGGUGUCCAUGGUGACAGAGAGGGGGGGUUUAUCAGCGAUGAGGUUUUUAAAGAGCUGGUGGAGGCCUUGUGCCAGUACUCUGACCACGAGGAGGAGGAAGAGGAGGAAGCAGCAGGGGCGAUGGUGACGGUGGAGGUGACAGGGAAGAAGGAGGACGAGAGAGUGAUGAGGAGCUCAGUGGAGGGCUCAGAGGAGACUAAACCUGGUACUGGGGCAUUUACCAGGAGGAAGAGGAAGAGCACUACCGAGGUGAGGGACAUGUCCGGCAGCAAGAAGGUCCCCAACGAUAACAUAUUUACAGCCAUCGCCUCAAUGUUCCCUUACAAGGGCACCACCGAGGAGCUGAAGGAAAAGUACAAGGACCUCUUGGAUCCCCCCCGCGCUGUGAAGCUGCCCCCUCUCUGCACCCCCAACCUGGACGGUCCAUUCGCUAAGUCUGUACAGCGGGAGCAGUCGUUGCACUCCUUCCACACACUCUUCUGCAGACGUUGCUUCAAAUACGACUGUUUUCUCCACCCUUUCCAUGCUACACCCAAUGUUUACAAGAGGAAAAUAAAAGAGAUCCGCAUAGAGACUGAACCAUGUGGUGAAGACUGCUUCCUGUUACAGAAAGGGGCUAAAGAGUUUGUGGAUCAGAAUAUUUUGCCGUCACAAAGGUCUCGAGGGCGCCGAAGGCAGCAGCGUCCCACCAGCUCCAGCUGUCCCGGACCCUCUGUGUCUGCUGAGGAAGUCCCAGAGAGUGACCAUGAAACCACCACCUCCUCCUCAGAAGAGAAUUCGCGAUGCCAGACUCCCACCAAGCUGCGUCCAGCGGUUGAUAACGGGGAGCAGCAGGCGAGCUGUGCGGUCCAGUGGAGCGGGGCGGAGGAGUCACUGUUCAGAGUGCUGCACGGCACAUACUUCAACAACUUCUGCUCCAUCGCUCGCCUCAUCGGUACAAAGAGCUGCAAGGAGGUGUACGAGUUUGCGGUGAAGGAGGCCCUGACCCAUCGUGUUCCUUUGGUUGAUGGAGGCAUCCCACCCCAGAAGAAGAAACGGAAACACAGGUUAUGGGCAAAGAUUCAGCUAAAGAAAGAUAGCUCGUCCAAUCAGGUGUACAAAUACCAGCCAUGUGAUCACCCCGAACAUCCAUGCGACAGCACCUGCCCGUGUGUGAUGACCCAGAAUUUCUGUGAGAAGUUCUGCCAGUGUGAGCAGGAGUGCCAGAACCGCUUCCCGGGCUGCAGGUGUAAGACCCAGUGCAACACUAAACAGUGUCCCUGCUACCUGGCGGUGAGGGAAUGUGACCCAGAUCUGUGCAUGACCUGCGGCACUGCAGAGCACUGGGACAACAAAAUGAUCUCCUGCAAAAACUGCAGCAUCCAGAGGAGCCUAAAAAAGCACCUGCUUUUGGCUCCAUCAGAUGUUGCCGGAUGGGGCACCUUCAUCAAAGAACCAGUUCAGAAGAAUGAGUUCAUCUCUGAAUACUGCGGAGAGUUGAUCUCGCAGGAUGAGGCAGACAGACGCGGAAGGAUCUAUGACAAAUAUAUGUCUAGCUUCCUUUUCAAUUUGAACAAUGACUUUGUUGUGGAUGCCACUCGAAAGGGGAACAAAAUCCGCUUUGCAAAUCAUUCAGUUAAUCCUAACUGCUACGCUAAAGUGGUAAUGGUGAAUGGAGACCACCGCAUUGGAAUAUUUGCCAAGCGAGCUAUCCUGCAAGGAGAGGAGCUCUUCUUUGACUACAGAUACAGCCAAGCGGAUGCCCUCAAAUAUGUGGGGAUAGAGAGGGAGGCAGACACGGCUUAGCUGACUACCUCGAUAACCAGCCCAUAAAAGCUCAGCCACCCACUAAUGCUUCUGGCCCUCUUUGUAGCGUCACAUCUAGAAGACGAGUUUCUAUGAUCAGCCGCUGUCUCUGCCCUCUCUGCUGCACUUCUAAAAAUAGAGUCCCUCCCUAUUGUUUGCUCCCUGCAGACAUCAUUCCCUCGUCCAGUGACAGCAGUCAGUCUCCCUCUACCCAAACCCACCCACUACCUGCAACAGUGUAUACGCCAAGCUUAUGAAACUAGACUAUAUCAAGUGGAAAUACUAUUAAUCCGUAUUGCUUACUACACCACGAACAUUUUCUGUUUUUUUGUUUCAUCAAGUUAAAGCAAAGAGGUCGUGAUUACCCAUCCUUAAGUGUGUUACCAUCUAAGAAGUUGUGUUACUGUACUUAUAGACCGGCUUUUAUUUGACCUCUCAAUACAUUAAAGCAAGCUUUUACAUAGUAUAUGAUAAUAAUCAGUGAAAUGCAUGUGCUGUCUCUUGGAUAAGCGAACCAAUAAACAUGUUAGCAUUAGCUUCAGUCAGAAUCUGUGCGGUCUCAGUAUUGCAGUCUGUGCUAUGUUACCCACUGGCAGUUCUUCUGAAGAACUUGACCAGGUUUGACAGCUUGUGUUCCUCUUUGAAUCUUUUUCAGCAGCUAGCAUCACCACCACAUCUUUAUGGUGAAAUAAGAUAUUGUGCAUUUAUAUAAUUGUUCUGCAAAAAUAGGCAACCAGACAAGAACCGACUGACUGAAUGUAACCUCUAGAGUAGACGAUGGUGAAGAGAUCUCAUCCCUCUUUUCAUUUUUACACAUAAAUCCAUUCUGUCGGUACUUUGAGUAACGUACACGCACAUCAAACAUUUAUUAUCAUACUUUCAUGAUCUUGAGGCCUUUACACUUUGUGAAGGAUAUAACUAAUACAUUAACAAGUCACAGUAAAUGUCUUCCUUUUAUAAAUCAUAUAAGUGCCAAAUGAUUUCAUACAGAAAAAAGACUGAAAAACGUAUUGCAUAAUUAAAAGAUGUAAAAAUUAAAGGUAACCAUUUCAAGGUUAUAACUAUGGGAAAAGCAAAAUGAUCAGUGUUUGACCAAAUAUUAAAGUCCCCCACAUGUGAAUGUAAAACAUCUUUCAUCAUCUCUCAUUUGUUCUAUAUGUCCAGAUUUGUAAUUCAUCCUGUUUUUCAUUUAAAAUACAUUCAGUCCCAAUUUAAAAUGAGAUCCUUCUCAAUAGGGAUGAACAAAAUGGAGUUUACUGCUAUGUACAGUGUAUGCCUAUAAAAAUAAAAGUUUAACUUUAUACAUUAAAACAUGCUGCUCUGGU